GUUACGUCGUUGCAAACAUUAGGUUCUUCUGAAUAAGCAAAUAUGCGUAUGCGGAAAUCUAAGAUACCCGUUUUGACAGUCCUAAUGUCGAGGGGUAAAGUGAGGACGGCGGGGGACCAGUGUGCCGACUGCGGUGCCUCAGAACCAAGCUGGGCCUCGAUCAACCGUGGUGUAUUGAUAUGUGAUGAGUGCUGUAGUGUUCAUAGAAGUCUUGGUCGACAUAUUUCUCAAGUAAAAUCACUUAAAAAAGGGCAAUGGUGCCCAACACAACUUGCAAUGGUUCAGCAUCUAGCCAGUCAUGGAGCAAACAAUAUAUGGGAAUAUUCUUUAUGGGAUCCCUCACAGAAACAUGGCCGACGUAAACCAGCAUCCAGGGAUCAAGUGCAUCCUGUGAAGGCAGAUUUUAUACGUGCCAAGUACCAGUUCCUGUCAUUUUUGAACAAAAGUAAAGACACAGAUAUAACAUCACUAGAUGAUAUCAGUCAGCAAUUACACUCUAGUGUUCGAACAAACAAUUUAGAAACAGUGUUGAGGUUAAUAUCUAAAGGUGCUGAUCCAAAUUAUUACCACCCGGAGAAGGGUAAUUGUCCAUUACACGUGGCCGCGGGAUCAGGUCAGAUUUUACAGAUUGAACUUCUAGUCAUUUACGGUGCUGAUCCGGGAGCAUUGGAUGCGUUCGGAAAAACACCUAUAGACUAUGCCAAAGCUGAAGGUCAUGAAGAUAUAGCUAACAGACUAGUUGAGUGUCAAUAUGAACUCACUGAUAGGCUAGCCUAUUACCUUUGUGGCAAAAAACCUGAACACUACAAAGGUCAACAUUUUAUCAUCCCAGAAAUGGCCGACAGUAGUUUAGAUAUGUCAGAGCUCGCAAAACAAGCCAAGAAGAAAUUACAACAGUUGUCAAACCACCUUUUUGAAGAAUUAGCUAUGGAUGUUUAUGAUGAAGUAGAUAGGAGAGAGAAUGAUUCAGUCUGGUUGUCGACACAUGACCACACGUCGAUCGUCAGCGAUCGUCAAGCUGUUCCCUUCCUUCCAGUCAACCCAGAAUUCUCCGCCACGAGAAAUCAGGGUCGACAGAAACUUGCACGAUUUAACGCCCGCGAGUUUGCCACCUUAAUUAUAGAUAUACUCAGUGAUGCCAAAAGAAGACAGACAGGAAUCAUGUCCCCGCCACUUACAAUCAAAGAGAAAAUGGAGAAGAGAGAAAGUUUACCAGCCACACCGUCAUCAUUUCAUCGUGUUGCAAACAGUUUUGCCAGUGAUGAUGAACCAUUAUACGACAGUGUCGCGUCAGACGAAGACUAUAGUAGUGUCGAUAACCUUAGUCUGCAAAAUAUGAAAACUGACGAGUCAGCACAUAAUACUUCACAAGAUAUACACAUGCAUCAUGAUGAUAAAGAAUCUACCCCAGUCCCUGUCUCCAAUGAUCAUAGGAAGUCAACAACAGAAGUGCCAAAUGAGAGUCACAUGCCGCGGGAGGUUGAAGAGGUGCUGGAGAUACGGCAAGCCCUGAUGCAUUCACAGUCAGAGGUUCGCCAACUCAUACAGGCCAAUAAAAACUUACAAAAUGAAGUCGAGAGACUUAACAACUUGGUACAUACUUUAGUGCAUGAGAACUCUAUGCUACGGGAACAACAACAACAGCUUUUACGGGGUCAAGGUCACAUGCACAAUGGAGUCGAAGGUCAGGACCAACUGGGCAGGAUUCCUGUGGUUCAGUCACGGUCUGCAAGAAACAGUGGUGGCGCUCGUCCGCAGUCCAUGUUCGAGCCACGAAACCAGGAGAGGCUUUCACAAAAGUCGAACAAAGGUCAGUCGAAAGAUGAUUUGUAUCCAGUUCAGUCAGGAGGUGAUGUUGGUCAAAUGGAAGGAAACAAGUCAUCGAACACAAGUUCGGGAUCGUCAUUUUCUCAGGGCAGCGGUGAACUACGCAAUGACUCGCUAGGUCACUAUGACAACCCGAUGUCUCACUACGACAAUCCACGCUCACUUCCUGUUGAACAAUGUGCAAUAAGGGAACAAUGUGAAUAUGAAAGUUCACGAGGGGAAAGUAUGGAAGGAAUUGAGGGAUUCCCGACAUUAGAGCUUCUCAUGUUAAAGACGGAAAAAAUUACAAAGAAAAUCCAGGAACUCUUACUCUCUGCACAAGAACGCAAUAUUGCCAGUUAUGGCCCUUGUGCAGAUAAUAUCCACGCAGCAGUAUUAGAGAUGGCGGCUGUGUUUCCACAGAAACCAUUCUCAGAAAGCGUGAAAUGUGCGUUGCAUUUACUGAUGACAAGUGCAGUUCGGCUGCAGGAAGAAUGUUCGGAGUGUAUUGACCUACCCUCUGACCCCGCAGAGGAAUUGACCUUUGACCCUUCUAUUAAAACGCAACAAGUGAUUCAGUGUGCCUAUGAUAUUGCCAAAUCUGCCAAGCAGCUAGUGACUUUGUUUCAAUGAUCUUUAUUUUAAAUCGGCUGGUUGAUCCAGAUUGUUAAUAGUUAAAUGGAGACAUUUUAUGGUUAUUUUCUGUUAAAGGGAGACAAUUUGCAGUUAUUUUUUGUUCAAGGGAGGUAAUUUGUGAAAAUUUCCCAUGAUUUAAAUGAAAAUGUGCAGUUAUUUCCUGUUAAAGGGAGAUAAUUUCUGGAAGUUUCCUGUCAAAGGGAGAAAAUGUGCAGUUAUUUUGUGUUAAAGGGACAGUUUUUUCCAGUUCAAGGGAAGCAAUUCACAGUUCUUUCCUAUUCAAGGGAGACAAUUUACUGUGUAUUAUUGACUCCAAACCUUGUUUAGGGGAGUUAUUUUUACUGAGAAGCUGCUGGUCUCCUUGGAAAGGAAAUAAUACUUUAUGUUACCCAGUAAUAAGGAAUAGUUUCACAGAAAUCUCUGUUAGCUAUAAAUAAAAGAUUAUUUUAUCAAAGAUUAUUAGAUUUAUAUGAUGAAACAACUGUUUUAAUAAAAGCAAAAUGUUUCAUAAGACAAGAAAACACUUGACAUGAUGGAAGAAGUGGGAUUAUUUACCUGAAAAUUGAUAACAAUAGGUGCUUAGAUUUGAAUAAAUUCAUAUAAAAUGGCAAUAGUGUUUCCAAAAUCAAUAGUCUCAUAAAUACAGGGAGACAACUCUUAAAAAUAUGCUAAAUUCAUGUAAUGGAUUUUCCCUGUUACAAAUUUGGGACAGUCCAUUUAGAACUUAUAGGGGGAUUUCUGCUAUAAACUACAAAAAAUGAGCUGCCAUCAGUAUAUAGCCAGGUCAGACUGCACAAACAUUCAGGCUGGUCUGGCUCUAUACUGGUCGCAAAGACUAAUCACUAUGAGUUCAAGCAACUAUGUGUUCAGUCAAAGCCAUUUUGUCAAAAGAAAAAGUAUCGUAAUUGCCAUCAUACUUAAUUGAGCUGUAUGAACAAAAGUCCUUUUUAUCACACACCCGUGCCGAUUUUGUGACUCUGUAAAUAUGGUAUUGCACGGACGUGCAUAUAUUUUGACAUAACAUCAUUAGCGUUAUACAAACAUAGUGUAAAGACGCGCUAAAUGUUAGCGUUAUACUAUAGGCGUGUCAAUGAAAAAUGACUUAUUUCACUCCAAACGGUCUUUUUUUUCCGUAUGUGAUAAAUAGUAUAUUUAAUUUGUGUAAGUUCAUUACUGAAUUUAUUGCACUCGUUGAAUAAAAUAAUAUGCUCGCCAGAGGCUCGCAUAAUAUAAUUUUAUUCAACUUGUGUAAUAAAUUCAGUAUUGAGCUUACACUCAUUCAAUAUCCUCUAUUAAUUAGUUUAAACAAUAUUUAUUUAUAAUCCAUACAUAUAAUAAUAAGGUACAUGAAAAAAAAAUUAUGGAUUGAAUAGGAAGUUUGAAAAGCUUUUUAUAUGCCCGAAAGAAUUUCGGGCAUAUUAUGUUAUACCCCCUGGCGUCCGUCCGUACGUCCGUCCGUCCGUCUGUUAGCAAUUUGGUUUCCGGAGCAUAACUUAAGUUCCAUUUGGCCCACAGUAUUCAAACUUCAUAGGAUGAUUGCCCAUAUUGGGUAGAAGACCCCUAUUGAUUUUGGGGUCACAAGGUCAGUCACUAUUAGCUAAAUACUGAAAAUGGUUUCCGGAGCAUAACUUAAGUUCCAUUUGACCCACAGUAUUCAAACUUCAUAGGAUGAUUGCCCAUAUUGGGUAAAAGACCCCUAUUGAUUUUGGGGUCACAAGGUCAAAGGUCAAGGUCACUAUUAGCUUAUUACUGAAAAUGGUUUCCGGACCAUAACUUAAGUUCCAUUUGACCCACAGUAUUCAAACUUCAUAGGGUGAUUGCCAAUAUUAAGUAGAAGACCCCUAUUGAUUUUGGGGUCACAAGGUUAAAGGUCAAGGUCACUUUUAGCUAAAUACGUAAAAUGGUUUCCGAAGCAUAACUUAAGUUCCAUUUGACCCACAGUAUUCAAACUUCAUAGGAUGAUUGUCCAUAUUGGGUAGAAGACCCCUAUUGAUUUUGGGGUCACAAGGUCAAAGGUCAAGGUCACUAUUAGCUUAAUACUGAAAAUGGUUUCUGGAGCAUAACCUAAGUUCCAUUUGGCCCACAGUAUUCAAACUUCAUAGGAUGAUUGUUCAUAUUGGGUAGAAGACCGCUAUUGAUUUUGGGGUCACAAGGUCAAAGAUCAAGGGAUUACUAUCACCUUUAAACUGGAAACAGUUUUCGCUCAAUAACUCAAGUAUUAAUCGAACUACAGCUGUAAAAUUUUAUAGGA